AUCGUCUUCGUCGCGAUGAGCUUCACUCGGGCUUAUCCGUCUCCCGACGGUCGAUUGUUGCUUUUCGCAGCCCAUUUUUAUCACCGACGUCUGCGUCCAGGUCUCCGGGAGACCCCAUCUUUAGCUCUCGAUCGCUGCUCGGGAGCUAGUGCGGGAUAGCCUUGCGACAACACGUCUCGUCAUACCUCAACACGUCGGUCGUCAAUCGCUCGUUCGAUCAACAGGCGAUCCUGCCCCAUGCGCCUUCUCCCAUUGGUCUCUGCUACAAGUAGGUGGAGCUAGUGGGGAGCGCAUACGCCAUGGUACCUCGAAGAGCGAACGAUAUCUGUGGCUCUGUUGAGAACAACAGUUGGCUGUGUAAAUGUGGAAAGGCCGUAGCGCAGAUUGAAGAGGUUGGGGAACCAUCUCUACAAUGUCCAAAUAGGCAAUAUGGAUGCCCUUUCUUCCUUUGGCAGAUAGAUGAAGAGUCUGAAAGGCGGAAAAGAACCAGUCAGUCGAGCCUUAAGAGCUCGAAUGGUCCGUCUGCACCCGUCCAAAGUCGACCAUAUCUACAGCCGACUGCUCAGCACAAAACGGUUUCGAAGGGUAAUACGAUGAAAGAUAACGGAAUUGGUUUUCUGGGAAACGAAUUCGUCGAAAAUCAAAGUGUACAAGGAGAUAUGCAAACAAGUUUCCACAGCCACAGCGAAUCGACUGUCAACUAUAAUGUUACCAACUAUCAUGGUCAUGCUGGCUAUACCGCGCCAGAGUACAGGGCACCUGAAGAUAUCUAUCGAAGCGGAGGUUUACCUUCGCCGGAGUGGAAUUUGCAUCCAGCGCAACACCAGCAAUCACCAUAUCCCACACCCCCUAGUGAGCACCCCUCUCCGAUGCAAGGCCAAGGACAACACCCAACUUCAGCGCAGCAGCAGCAUAUCUCAUCAGAAAAUCGACCCUAUACACAACAAUAUCCUCCGCACUAUUCAUUCGUUCCACAAUAUGACCCGCAAAGGUGGAAUAAUCUUGUGGAGACGUCCGCAGUUGCCCCUCCAUCCUCGUGGUACGCAAUCGAAAGGAUUGCAGCACUGGUUCCUCCACACAACUGGCUGAAUAUAUACAACAUUGCAACGCCAGUACCGCCACCUCAUAUUAUUCAGACAAACAUGCGAUAUUCCACUCUUCUCCACGUUGCUGCCUUGGUGCCACAGAUACAGACUCCGCAGUCUCCUCCAUCAUCACAUCCGUCGCCGAAUCCGAAUUUGCCACCACCUUCGCAUCCACUUACCGCACCUACUUCGUUACCUACGGGACCAUCUAUGACAGAGCCCACGCCGACACCCCGCCCCACACUGGCCAAUCAGCCGGCGACUAAUUUAUCUUGCAACCCGGCAGCAGAAAGCUCGUCAUCUUUCGGCGCACUGUUUUGCUGCUGGAGGGGGGUUAAGAAGCGACAACGCUGAACAUAUAGUGUUGCUAGUAUCUCGCUUACAUGUAGUCCCAUCUCAUAGCUUC